AUGCCGACUGCGCAGUAUUCUCCAACAACGCCUGGAACGUACACAUACGAGAGGGGUGCCAGCACACCCGUGCCUUCUUUGCCGUCUACACCACGGCAACCCCGCACUCCUUCCGUAUACCAUCCCUCCCACUACCCGGGCGUAGCAGCAUCCUCCUCCCUCUCCCCACUCCAAUCCCCCCGCACACCCCGGUACCGCCCUCAUCCCGCCACACCACUGUACUCCGAAGCCCCUACCCGUCCACCAUUCAACACGCGUAUGGACCCCCCAAGUUCCGAGAGUCAGACUUGGGCCGCUGCGGCUGGGAAGCUACUAUUGAGGCGGCUGACACGCGCUGCGAAAGGCGCGAAUUGGCCCCUGGUCGUCCUUUUCACCAGCUGUUUGGUGGUGCUUUUCCGCGCUCUGACAGGAGUGGGAUACGUACCCCCGCCUCCUGCGCUCUCCGUCGAACCGCUCCCCGAGCAGCAGACGCAAUUCAACCCCCCAGACACCUACCAGCCAAGCCCGGACGAGGUGAACACAGACUACGCCUCGUCUCUCCCCAACAAAGGGUGGACGCACGCAUGGGAUGUCUGGCGCCAGGUUGCUGAGGAUAUGAGACGGGAGAUGAUGGAAGAUCGGGAGAAAUGGGUGGGGAGUGUUAGGCCGGAGAGAGAACGAGGUAGGGGAAGGGGAGGAAAGACCCUGGAUUUCGUGGGGGAGACUGGGCUGCCGGAGGAGUUGGCGAUGGGUAUGAAGUUUCCGGCAAGUGGCCCGGAAUCGGAACUCCCCCCAAGUACGGACGACCUGCAGAGCACGCAAGGUCUUGACGAUGCACACCGCGUUGUGCCCAACGUCGAGGCUCCCGCCCAGUCCUCCCAGCCCACACUAGCAACGUCUCAGAGCACUGAUGCACAAAAGCCUGAAGACGACAAGCCUCCCUACCCCCCGCGACAAGAGGAACAUCAUUUCGAUGAGGCGGCGACGCCAAGUUCGGAGACGUAG